AUGCCCUUCAGCUCGCAUCCCUCCUCACCCAACUUUUCCGAAGACCUCUCCCGCUUCCCUUCCGAGUCAUUGCAUUCCUUCUCCUUCGCCCACCAGUCUGAAGAAUACAUCCAUAACCGGCAGAAUGUCCUCAAGCGAUCCAUAGACUUUAUGAAAGACAGGAUGGGAUGGUCCGUCUCGCCCUCAAACGUCGCACUGGCAAGUGCGCAAGCGCGAGCGACGGGCGACGUCGAGACCCAGAACAUGCUAGACCUGUUGGCUAGAGCACAGCUUGUUGGGGCGGGCAACCUUCCAUCCAUGGACCAGUCACUCGUCGGUCCUCUGACAGGUCCCCCGCAAGUUUCGGGGGGGAACCUAUUCGAAGCCAACUUCGUUCCGCGAACUUCGAGCCCCGAGCCUCUGACUUCGCCGAGUACGUCUCCUACCAUGUCCCAUUUCAAGGCGCCGGCUGCCGGAGCAGACACUGCAAAGAAGCCGGCACAAGAUGAGACACAGAAACCACCCGCGGCCGACAACGAAUCAGAAAACUCGAGCAGAACGCCGACAAACGAGAGCGGGACGACAACCAAAACAUCGCCGCCGCCGUCCCGGAGACUCAGCUUGAAGCGGACACUGACGGAUACGCUACCGGUCUCGGUCCAUCAACAGCUCAUCGACACCAUGGCGCAACCUUACCUGGCAAAUCAGGAGGCGGUUACAUCCCCCACAACGGCACAUCCCUUGUCCGCACCAAACAUGCCAAAUGCACUGGGCCCGGCUGUUCAUGGGCAUUCCACGAGAUGGGUCCCGGCAGCGCAGGCCAUCUUCACGACGGAGUCUAAGCCGCCAUGGACGAUCAUUGCAGCCAACGAUCUUGCCUGUUUGGUUUUUGGCGUCACCAAGGCAGAGGUCCGGAAGAUGGGCAUCUUGGAGGUGGUUCAGGAGGAGCGGAGGGCUUGGUUGGAAAAGAAACUUCUGCAGAUGGACCCCGAGGAUGUCAUCAAAGAGGCAGAAGACAUCCCAAAGACGACGGUAUCUCCACCGACUCCAUCCACAUCUUCGCUUCUGGGCGGGCGGGGUGGAAUCACCGCCCAAUUGCUGAGCAAGCCUAACUCGCGAUCACAGCCACCAAAAGCAGUUGCACGGAAAGCUCAAACCGUGCAUAGCGGAGACCCGAACCCACCCAAACUCAGAGGAACUUCGCGACACCAGAGCAGUCGAUCCCGGGGUGUUCUCCUAUGUGGAGACGUCGUUCCCAUUCAAAAACGAAACGGCGCCACGGGAUCCGCAAGUCUCUGGGUCAAGGAGAAGCGGAUCGGUCUCAUUUGGGUCCUUGAGGAAAUCCACGAAGACGUGGCCCAGAUCGAACUCGACGACGAAGGCAUCAUCCAGAAGAUCUCUGGGGCCACAGCACCGAUCUGGGGCUUCGAAUCACUACAGAACGGGGUGGAUAUCGGCAAGCUGAUACCGCGCAUUCCUCGGCAAGGCAUCGACCCUCGCACCGGCGAGGUGGACUUUGCGCAGAUUGCCAGGCGUAGGUUCUUCACAUGCCCGAACCCAGCCAAAGUCAACAUUCCCUGCACCGUCGAGCAAGUUCGGGGCAAGACAGAACUGCGCGUCUCGAGCUUUCCGCAUAUUGCAGGCAUCAUUGUAGUGGACCCCGAGACAUUGAAGAUCCAGAGUUCCAACUCGGUUUUCUGUGGUGCGCUGUUUGGGUACGAAAAGCCCGACGGCAUGCCCAUUGAUUCGCUGAUUCCCGAUUUCGAGAAGGUCCUCCACAUCUUGAUAGAAGAGGACGGCGUGCAGUUGCAGGACGGGAUUGUAGUGCCGGAGCACAGUUUCCGCCGAGCCUCGGCAAUUCUGGGCCUAAGGGAGAACCGCCCAGAUGCUGCAGCUAGUUUCCUGAGGCCGGACGGAUUGCCGGGUAAACACAGGGAUGGUUCGGGGCUCAAAGUCGACGUCCAGAUGCGAGUGGUCAGAAGCGCAAAGCAGUCCACGGUCAUACAGGAGACUGUCAUUGAGGACGAGGACGAGGACAAGGGCGGAGAAAACCACGACGACUCAUUCUUGAUUCCCCAUUCCGAAAUAGUGUUCGCCCUUUGGAUUACCUAUUCCAGGCACAUGCACGCUUCCAGGGCCAAUCUAGGCGUGACGCCGACUUCUGGCUCUGGAACGACGACUCCCUUGCAUCAGCCGUCACCUGGGCAGACGCCCGCACACACGCCAAUCGAGAUUAGUUCGGAUUCCGACGAGCCCAAGCCUCAAGCGUCGUCGUCCUCGACUGCGUCGGGUUUUACCAAACAACUCAAAGAAGUCGCCAUGACGGCCGCUGCGAAACUGACUGGCGGGCCCCGAGCUGAGAAGAAGCAUGACAAGGCACCCGUACCACCAGUGGUCGAGCCGGCCCAGCAGAAGAAGUCAAUCGAUGACUUCCAAAUCAUAGAGGAUAUGGGCCAGGGUGCCUAUGGCCAGGUCAAACUGGCCAGGUACACGACGACGCAGAAGAAGGUGGUUUUGAAGUACGUGACGAAGCGACGCAUCCUGGUCGACACAUGGACGAGAGAUCGCAAGCUGGGCACGGUGCCUCUGGAGAUCCACGUUCUUGACUACCUGCGACGUCCUGACUUGCGACAUCCGAACAUUGUCGAGAUGGAAUCAUUUUUUGAGGAUGAUGUGAAUUACUACAUCGAAAUGGUGCCCCACGGACUGCCAGGCAUGGACCUCUUCGACUACAUUGAACUACGAAGCAACAUGGAGGAGGCCGAGUGCCGGAGCAUCUUUGUCCAGGUUGCCAAAGCCAUUGGCCAUCUUCAUACGAAGGCCCUGGUAGUCCAUAGAGACAUCAAGGAUGAGAAUGUGAUCCUGGACGGCGAGGGCAACAUCAAGUUGAUCGAUUUUGGGAGCGCAGCAUACAUCAAGAACGGCCCCUUCGAUGUCUUCGUGGGCACUAUUGAUUACGCUGCUCCGGAGGUGCUCGCAGGCAAGCCAUAUGGUGGUAAGGAGCAAGACGUAUGGGCGCUCGGAAUCCUGCUCUACACCAUCAUCUACAAGGAGAACCCAUUCUACAGCAUUGACGAGAUCAUGGACCGAGACCUGCGCGUGCCGUGGACGAUGAGCGACGAGAGCAUCGACCUAGUGAGGCGUAUGCUCGACCGUGAUGUAACUGCGAGAUACGACAUCAACCAAGUCCUGGAGCAUCCUUGGUGCCAGGAGGUUGAACAGGAGGACUGA